CAGCUGCGCAAACCUAAAGCAGAUGUCUUGAUACAAGUCGACAUGAUUUACCAGGAAUACGGGUUAGAAGAAACCAAACACAACGUCUCCAAAUGAUGCUGUGUUUCAGGUGACAAGGAGGGGCUGUGCGUCUACCUCCGAGGCAGGCGCACUUCCUGCAUCGUCCACUGCAAUAUAUAAACCCGCAAAGACAGACUUUUCCUGAAGCCCUCAAACAGUCAGCAAAGCGCAAAAACUCCUCACCAGCAGCCCUCCCUCCCUCUCCAACCCAUUACUGAGCUUUUAGAGGUGAUACAUCCCUGGCAAGGCAGGCACCAAGGUACCGCUGCGCAAGAAAAAGAUCAGUCCAAGGCGCGGGAUAUUCUGUCUACAGUUUCCCAAAACCAAACAUGAAACGUCUGUUAUUUGCCGUAGAGCUAAUACUUCUUUGCAUAUCUUGCGGAGCAAGUGCAUUGGCAACGAGUAUUCCUACUGUGUCCACAUCCUUGCCAGCCGCCAAUUUCACCAAUCUUGGCGCAGCGCACAGCUAUGGAACAGACACCACGGCUAUUUCUAAAACCAGAAGGAAGCGUUAUAUUAGUCAGAACGACAUGCUUGCCAUUCUUGAUUACCAUAACAAAGUGAGAGGGAAAGUGUUUCCUCCGGCAUCCAAUAUGGAAUACAUGGUGUGGGACGACACUCUGGCUAAGACAGCUGAGGACUGGGCUCAUGCCUGCCUGUGGGAGCAUGGGCCACCUCACCUCCUCAGGUUCCUGGGUCAAAACCUCUCCGUCAGGACAGGACGCUAUCGAUCCAUUCUUCAGCUGGUGAAGCCAUGGUACGAUGAGGUCAAGGAUUACUCUUUUCCGUAUCCCCGCGACUGCAAUCCUCGAUGCCCUCUCAGAUGCUAUGGACCCAUGUGUACCCAUUACACACAGAUGGUGUGGGCAACAUCCAACAAAGUCGGCUGCGCUGUUCACACGUGCCACAAUAUGAAUGUAUGGGGUUCAGUGUGGAAACGGGCAACAUAUUUAGUUUGCAACUACUCACCUAAGGGUAACUGGAUUGGAGAGGCUCCCUACAAAGUAGGCGUGCCCUGCUCCGCCUGCCCUCCCAGCUACGGGGGCUCCUGCAGCAACAACAUGUGCUUCCCUGCUCUGAAGACAAACUACCUGCACUGGUUCAAAUAAACACAAGUUUCCUCUCUGCAUAAGCUGACAACCGACAGUACCACAGAGACAUUAUUCUAAUGCCGUAAGGAUUUGCACAACAGUCGUGGACCACACUAUUUUGUAUAUAUGGCUUAUUUAAAGACACAAACAAACAUUUGAAGGCAGCAGACGAUUUAGUGUUGAUGACUUGUAAAUAUACUGUAAAUUAAUUUGUUACAUUUUUACCAGUAUUUUUUAAUUGCCAUGACUAUUUUAAUUGAUGAACUAUAAUUUAUGUGUAGAAUGGGUCCUUAAACACAGUAUACAUAUGGUGCUGCAUAUGCGUUUGUCUUUACUAUACAGGACCACUUUACCGUUGACAAUGUGGUAAUUAAGGACAUAACACCAUCAUAGCUGCUCAUACCUGCUCACUAUGGUGCUAUGGGCAUCACACCUUCAUGUUGUGUGCUCUGUCUUCAUAGGAAUGUUGUGAUAUACAGAUCAAAGCUUUGAACCUCAGAGGGAAAACCUACACUGGCGUUGUCAGCUCAGUAGCUGCUGUCAGUACUACAAGCUUCAUACUCAGGCUCAGUUGUCAUUCCCAUUUGUGUCCGAGAAACAAAUUGGCAAAAAGUUUGACAAAAGUGCACUUACUGUAAACUGAAACUAUAUAACACCAUAUAGUCUUCAUUUUAACGCCUGACGUCAGCAUAGACAACACCUAUGUUGUCAGAAGUUUGUUACAGUAUUAACAUGGUGUGUUUGCAGUUUAAAUCUGCACUGAUUCAUUUGUGUCAUUACAGGCAUUUCACCCUUUGGGGCAUUUCAUUCAUAUCUCAUCUGAUUUUUCUGCUAGACACAACAAAUCUGACCCAGAUGUCUGUUUUAUAAUCAUAUUUGUUAUACUGUAUAUUGGUAUAUUAUAUACCAACUUAUUGAUAUAUUGGACAAAUCCAUUGUUUAUAUUUUGUUAUGAUCACUGAUAUAUUUUGGUUUUAGGCACUCAAGUGCACCUUAAUUGUUUGUACAUUUCCAAAAUACCAGGAAAUUAUUAUUUUUUUGUACAUGUAGAUAAUCAUUAUACCUUGACUAUCCUUAAACUUCAAGUAUUCAAUAAGUUAUUCAUUUUUAUAUGGGAAAAAUAUUUAAUUGAUAUUAAUUUUUUAAGUGUUUUGUAAAAGGAUUGUACAUAUAGCUAAACAAUAUGUAAACGGUACAGUGUAUGGUUCAUUUGCAUGUCAACUUUUAUAAUGUUGAGAAACCUUAGCUAUAAUGUAAAUGAACUUGGUAGAUUUCUAUGAACUAAGCACUAGCACAGUAUUGGCAAGAAAAUGCCUCAACCAUUUCAAAUUUGCAAAUCUAUCAGAAUUCUUUUUCAACCCGGAACAGUUAAACAUAUCAGCAAUGUAAACAUAUACAAAAAUGCAAACAGUUGCCAUUGAUACAAACCUUUGUUGAAAAUAAUGCAUCACAAAAUAGGAAAUUAACAUUUUCCGCACUGACUGUAUUUAAAUCAACAACAAGCUAUUUAUGCAAUGAACUGCGCAUUUCCAGUUGUGUUUUGUAUUUGUAA